AUGGCCGCACCCCCCACCACCUCCUUCACCAUUGGCACCCGCGCGUCCAAGCUGGCCCUGGUCCAGACGGACGCGGUGAAAGCUGCCCUCAAGGCAGCCUUCCCCCACUAUGACUUCCGCGUGUUCUCUAAGGAGACCGCCGGGGACCUGAGCAUGAUAGCGCUGCGCGAGUUCACCUCCAAGAACCUGUGGACCGAGGAAUUGGAGGAAUUGAUGAUGGCCGGCCAGGUCGACUUCAUCGUGCAUUCAUUGAAAGGUUCGUCCGCCAGAUCCCUCAAUUGGUAUCCCCCAUUGGUGUCAUUUUCUUCAGUCAAGCUCACCACGUCGCAAACCCCAGAUGUCCCCACCAAUCUUCCUCCUUCCUGCGCCCUCGGCCCGAUGAUGCCACGCGAAGACAGCAGAGACGUUCUCGUGGUCAAGCAGGGGCUCCCCUACAAGAGUCUCUCGGAGAUCCCCGCCGGCUCCGUGGUCGGCACCUCGUCCAUCCGGCGCACGGCGCAAUUGGCGCGCCAUUACCCCCAUCUGAAGGUUCAAGAUGUCCGCGGCAAUAUCAAUACUCGUCUCGCCAAGCUGGAUGCGGAUGAUAGUCCCUACACCUGCAUCAUUCUAGCGGCGGCCGGUCUGCUGCGCAUUGAUCUUGGGGAUCGCAUCACGCAGUACCUUGACUCGAAGAAUAGCGGCAUGCUCUACGCGGUUGGUCAGGGUGCUCUUGGGAUUGAGAUCCGCAAGGACGACCAUGCGCUGCGAGAGAUCCUAGCGAAAAUUGAGGAUCGGGAUACGACGCUUGCGUGUUUGGCGGAGCGCAGUCUGCUGCGCACCCUGGAGGGUGGCUGCAGUGCUCCGCUGGGAGUUGAGACGGAGUGGGAGCAAAGCUCUGAAGGGACUCGGCGGUUGAAGAUGAAGGGGAUCGUGGUCAGCGUGGACGGCAAGGAAGCUGCCGAGAUCGAGUUGUCUGGCGAGGUCGAUUCGCCCGACGCCGCUGAGGCUCUUGGCAUCACUGUCGCCCAGGCUUUGGUGGAUGCGGGCGCCGGUGCGAUUCUUGAAGCCAUUCAGCAGAAAAAGGUGGCCAAAGAGGCCUUCUCUGUUUAG